UAUAAGUAGUGCAGCGACCUCGAUAAUAUCUAGUAAAGGAAAAAUGAGGUUCGUUGGCUUGGUGUUCCUAGUUGGUGCGCUGGCCAUUAUAGCUGCAGAAUGCAACUCUGAAGGGGAUGCUCUUAAUGCAUUCAAAGUUAACGUGGUAGACCCAAACAAUGUUCUUCAGAGCUGGGACCCGACGUUAAUCAAUCCUUGCACAUGGUUUCAUGUCACCUGCAACGGCGAAAAUACUGUUGUAAGAGUGGACCUAGGUGCUGCUAAUCUUACCGGGACACUGGUACCUCAGUUGGGAAUGCUAGCCAAUCUUCAAUACUUGCAACUUGAAAAUAAUUCAUUUAGCGGAGCAAUCCCAAGCCAAUUAGGCAACUUGACAAGGCUAGUGAGUUUGGGAUUAGACAAUAACAAGCUGAGUGGCCCUAUCCCAUCAUCUCUUGGCAAUUUAAUAUCUUUGCGAUGGAUGAGAUUGAACGGUAAUAAAUUAUCAGGGAAAAUUCCAAUCUCAGUCUUGAAGCUCAUCUACUGGGGAAAUUUGCAGCUACUGAAUGUUUCAGACAAUAAACUAGCAGGGACUGUCCAUCGUGCUAACCAAACAGGAUUUGCAAUUACAACAAUUGUUCAAGACGUCAAGGCCUAGAUCAGGUUACUUGAUCAACGUUUGGAAUUGGAUUGUCCUGCAAAGUUGCAUUUCUAUAUUAGACUGUGUCAAGUCAAGUCAAGUCAAGAUUUUAGAUCUAUGAUUUUCAAUAAUCAAAAUGUGAUUGGAAUACUUGAGAAGAAUAAUAAUCUGUAAUAAUAAUGAUUACAUUACUCGUAUUGUAUUGAAUGAAUUUCCAAAAGAUUUCAGUGGCUUUUUGUGUCU